CUCAGCUGUUUUUGACACAAGACGCGGCGUCGAACGUGGCAUAAUUUUUAUGCAAAACAUUUUAAUAAAAAUAUGCUGUAACAUUCGUAAAUAACAAUUAAAAUGGAUUUCGCUGAAUAUGUAAAGUUUUGUGCAUUUGUAGGGUCUGCCCUAUCAGUUGGAUUCCUCAUGGGACUCUUUAUUAUCCUAAAGUACAUGACGACUCCCUACCCGAGGAUCCUUCGUCACAAAGAGGAAAAGUACUACACAGAUCCUUCGACGAAGGAGCAGAAGAAUUUCCCAUCAAUUGAGGAUGAGGCUUCUGUGGAUUUGAGUGUCAUUGUACCGGCUUACAAUGAGGAGAGUCGUCUGGGAAAGAUGCUGGAUGAAUGCCUUGAGUACCUGCGCAAAAGGCAUUCACAGACUCCAGCAUUUACCUUUGAAGUGGUCAUUGUGAGUGAUGGAAGCUCCGAUAAGACUACCGAAGUAGCCAGCAAGUACUCCCUGGAGCAUGGAAGUGAUCGCGUGAGAGUUCUACCUCUCAUUGAGAAUCGUGGCAAGGGUGGAGCUGUUCGUCUGGGCGUCCAAUCAUGCCGAGGACGCUAUAUUCUCUUCGCCGAUGCCGAUGGGGCCACGCACUUCCCGGACUACGCCAAACUCGAAUCCUGUAUGAAGAAUCUCGCUGACAGUGCGGAUGAGAAGGCCGUGGUUAUUGGAUCACGUGCCCACCUGGAGCAGGAAUCAAUAGCACAACGAAGUAUCUUCCGUACCUUCCUCAUGUACGGCUUUCACACCCUCGUGUGGACUUUUGGUGUUCGUGGCAUUCGUGACACGCAGUGUGGCUUCAAGCUCUUCACGCGCAGUGCCGCACGAGUCCUCUUCCAGCUGAUGCACGUCGAGCGAUGGGCCUUCGACGUGGAAAUCCUCUUCUUGGCACAAGCGCUGGGAAUGAAAAUUGACGAAAUAGCCGUCAAUUGGACGGAAAUUGAUGGCUCUAAAAUCACACCAAUCUUCUCGUGGCUCCAGAUGGCGAAGGAUCUCUUCCUCAUCUGGUUCCGCUACGCAACGAACAUCUGGAAGAUUACGCCACCGCCAAAGGACCAUUCCGAAUAGGAACGUAUAGAUCGUGAAUUUUUUUAAAGCUCGCAGUGAUUUUCUACGUAUAGUUUUUAAUGCUAUCGUUAGUUAGUAAGCAAAGCACAAAACUUUGUAUCACCUGAAUUUUCUUCAUUUUUCCAGUUUUCUUUUAACCUCUAGGCCGCCAAGCGGGGUCGUUGAACGACCCCAGCCCUAUAUUUCGUGCUAUAACUUAAUAAAUAUAAAAGAUACCAUUCCCAUCUUUUGGAAAUAAGUUCUUUGGUUAUCUGAGGAGAUUGUGUAAAAAUUUCAGCUCAAUCCGUCCACCACAAGAAAAGUUAUUAAGGAAAAUGUAGAAGAAGGGAAUUCAAAAAUUGGUGUAACGGCCAUGCUGCGGAAAAUUUCUCAGAAUGAAGUUAGUCACAUCAUAAAUCAUAUGGUUGAAGGGGGUUGAAGGGUUGUGUUUACUUUCUCACUUUACCAUCUCAGUGUCAGAAUUAUCGCGAAUAAGUAACAUAAACAACAUAAAACAUAAUUAGAAGCAUAUAAAUGUUCAAAACAAUAAAGAAUAUUCGAGAAAUAUUGCCAUUUAUCACGGUGCGGGAAGUGAGGGGAAUGUGGGGAAGUAGUGAAAAAAAUAGCAGUUGCGGUCAACUUCGUGGCAAAUUUCUCACGAAGAAAGUGUGAAAAAAAAGGAGUGAAAAAUGUUUUUCCCUAAUAUCUUCUUCUGCGUGUUUCCGGGUGGCGAAUUUGUGAUGCAAGGGGCAAGAGGACUAUAUAAGGAGUCUAAAGGUAGUGACCCGACGGUUCCCGGUUUUAUUGUUUAUGAGAAAAUCGACUUCCUUCUUGGGGUCGUUCAACGACCCCACCUUGGCGCUCUAAGGAAGCUCCAAGGUCUUGGCGGCCAGCAGGUUAAGCUAAUUUUCCGUCGAAUCAAUUUUUCUUUUUUUUGGGGUGGUAUUGCAAGCAUGAAGAGAUAAAAUUGCGAAGAUUCAGCCAAACCUUGAGAUACUUUUAUUAAAAUUUUUAGAUUUUUCAUGUUUUUUUUUCAUGAAGAAAUUGAGACUAAAAAUCUAAGAAAAAUGAUGCAAUAUCGCUCCUAAAUUUUUCAAUUUAUAUAAUUCACGUUUUCUUUACAUUUAUCACAGAGAAUUUUAUUAAUUAUUGCGCUUAAUUCUCUAAACUUUAUAUUUUUCUUUUUGAGCUGAAAUAAAAAUUUUCUUGAUAGAA